GGCAUUUAGCAGUUGACUUGCCACAGGCACACAUCUGUUGGAUUAACAGCGGAGCAGUCGGGAAACAACCCUCAUUACGCUUCUGGCUCUUGAGCGUGUGAGUCGUCGCGCGCGGAUUACGCCCAGGAUAAUCGGACCUUGAACGUCGAACGUCGGACGGACGGACAGCGAAACGACUUCGCAGCGGCAGCGGCCACAUCGGAUAUUGGCAUCUCCGGAUUCAGUCGAUUGGCUGCCCUCAAGGUGACUGGACACGCAACGCGCAACGACAACAACAGUGAAACCAAUACCCAGUGAAAUACCAAGUGAAACCAGAGUGAACCAAAGACAAUACUCCCGAGGACCCAACAUGGUCAUGCUGCAAUCGCCGGCGCAAAAGGCCAGCGAGAGUGCAUCAUCGCAGCCCACCGCCGUCGGUGGUCUGAUGAGUCCCAACUCGAAUCCCGACUCGCCCAAGUCCAACACCUCGCCGGAAGUGGCUGGGAGCGGGGAUUCCGUUUCCGGAGCGGGAGUUGCGACCACAGCCACUCCACCUGCGGCCAAGAUUCCCAAGUUCAUCAUCAGUGCGAAUGGAUCGGCGGUGGCCGGAAAGCAGGAGCAGGAGCUUCGCUACUCGCUCGAGCGACUGAAGCAGAUGACCAGCGAGUCGGGCAGCCUGCUCAGCCGCCUGAGUCCCGCACAGGAGGACUCCAGUGACAAGGACACCAAGCCGAACCACAACAACAACAGCAGUCUGACCAACCACAAUGCGAAUGGCAACCCGCGGCGUUCGCAAUCUCCUCCAGCUGCCGCGGGAUCCGUGAGCUUCUCGUCGCCAGCCCAGCAGCGGAAACUCCUGGAACUGAAUGCCGUGCGCCACUUGGCCAGACCGGAGCCACUGCAGCAUCCACACGCCGCGCUGUUGCAGCAGCAUCCGCACCUGCUGCAAAAUCCACAGUUCCUGGCCGCCGCGCAGCAGCACAUGCACCACCAUCAGCACCACCAGCAUCAUCCGCACCCACAUCCGCAUCCGCAUCCCCAUCCACAUCCGCACCCGGCUGCGGUGUUCCAUUUGAGAGCGCCGAGCAGCAGCACCACUGCCCCGCCCUCGCCGGCCACCUCGCCCCUCUCGCCGCCCACUUCGCCGGCCAUGCAUUCCGACCAGCAGAUGAGUCCGCCGCUCGCUCCGCCCCAGAACCCGGCACAUUCCUCGCAGCAGCAGCAGCAGCAGCAGGUUGCCCCACCACCACCGCCGGAAGUGGACCUCGAGCGGAUCAAGCUGGUGGCCGCGGUGGCCGCCCGCACCACCCAGGCGCCCAGCACCUCCGCCUCCGCCUCGAACUCCGUGUCCAAUGCCAGCACCUCCAUCCCCAACUCCGCCUCCGGAUCGCCCAGCGGGCGGGAUCUCAGCGACUACGGCUUCCGAAUACAGCUGGGCGGACUGGCGGCAGCGGCGGCUGCUGCGGCGGCCACCUCGCGGCAAAUAGCGGCCGCCAACUACGCGAGGAGCGACACCAGCGAGGAGCUAAACGUCGACGGGAACGACGAGGACAGCAACGAUGGAUCCCACAGCACGCCGUCGGUCUGUCCAGUUGACCUGACGCGAUCGGUGAACAGCAAUGCCCCGGCGAACUCAAGUUCCGCCUCGACGAGUGCCUCCAGUGAGCGGGAUGCGGCCACCAAGCGACUGGCGUUCUCGGUGGAGAACAUCCUGGAUCCGAACAAGUUCACGGGCAACAAGCUGCCAGCCGGUCCCUUCGGCCAUCCACGGCAGUGGAGCUUCGAGCGGGACGAGGAGAUGCAGGAGCGCCUGGACGACGAUCAGAGCGAGGAUAUGUCUGCCCAGGAUCUGAACGACAUGGAUCAGGACGACAUGUGCGACGAUGGCAGUGAUAUCGACGAUCCCAGCAGUGAAACAGACUCCAAAAAGGGGGGAAGUCGGAAUGGAGAUGGCAAAUCCGGCGGAGGUGGCGGAGGAGGUGGUUCCAAGCCAAGGAGAGCCCGCACCGCCUUCACCUACGAGCAGUUGGUUUCCCUGGAGAACAAGUUCAAGACCACCCGCUAUCUGAGCGUCUGCGAGCGACUGAACUUGGCCCUCAGUUUGAGUCUCACGGAGACACAGGUUAAAAUCUGGUUCCAGAACCGCCGCACCAAGUGGAAGAAGCAGAACCCCGGCAUGGACGUGAACUCGCCGACGAUCCCGCCGCCUGGAGGCGGCUCCUUCGGACCGGGGGCGUACGCCAGCGGACUGCUGUACUCGCACGCGGUGCCCUACCCGCCCUACGGACCCUACUUCCACCCCCUGGGCGCCCACCACCUCAGCCACUCGCACUCAUAAAAUUGCAAGAUGCAACAGCGAUUGUUGCAACUGUUCGAAAAGCGAGGCAGGACCGAGGGGGGAGGGGCAGGAGCAGGUCCUGCGGCAGGAAGUGGAUCAAUGGCCCCCAAGGAUAAAGUGUAAAUGUGAAACUGCUUUAAGUGUGUGUGUUUAGUAUUCGGUCAGAGAUUUCCUUUGUUACUCACUUCGAUUACCAGCUGUACAUAGUUCUUGUAUAAAUAUGCUAUGCUAGUGCUUAGAACCUCGAAUGCCAUAUCUAGAAUUAAAUUAUACAUUUACCUGUAGCGUUUAAGUGCAAGCAAAAUCAAAAAGAGCAAACCAAAAAUUGCAUAAAUGUCAAGUGGAAAAUAAACAUUUU